AUGUCCACCAAACAAUCCAAGCCAAAACAAGCAUGCGACAACUGUCGCCGCCGCAAAAUAAAAUGUUCCCGUGAACUACCAUGCGACAAAUGCCAACGGCUACUUCUCUCUUGCUCCUACAGCGACGUCCUCCGUCGCAAGGGCCCCAAAUUCCGCACCCUGUAUCCUCUAGCCCCGAUCCACCCUUUUUCAUCCCGACAAGACCCUCCAGAGAAUAUGUAUCCCGAGGACGCCGGCACCGGCGAGAUUUCGGACUACCAAUUCAACUCGCCCAUCUCGCCGGGAUUUAUAAUCGCAGACUCGCAGUUCGCAGGCCAAGACUUCUCGGAUACUUUUCCCCACCUGCCGCCCCCGGAACUCGUCUCGUCUCCGGGCUCCACAGACUCAACCGUCGAAUCCGCCAUUGGUUAUGGCUAUGGAUAUGCGAGGCCGGCCGCCCGCCGUCUCUCGCCGCAGAUUCUGCUCGUCCAUGUCAAUAUCUACCUCAAGUACUUGUUCCCGAUUAUGCCGGUGGUCCGCGCGGACCAGCUCCGGCUCGAUUGCCAUCAGCCCGGGCAACUGUCUGCGCAGCGGUAUGCGCUUUUAGCAUCACUGUGUGCGGCUACGCAUAUCCAGUUGAAGUUGGAUGGGGCCACGCCUGUGCCGGAUCCUGCGCGUUUGCAGAAUUUUGGGGAUGAACACUCCUUGAUGUCUGGGGAAGAGCUCCUUUCGGAGGCCGUGCGGGCGCGGCGAGAUUGUGAUAUUUUGGAAGAACUUAGUACGGAGUCGCUUUUGACUUCGUUCUUUUUGUUUGCCUCAUAUGGAAAUCUUGAUCGUCAGGAUCAGGCUUGGUUCUUUUUGUGCCAGGCUACCUCGUUUGCAUUUACGCUUGGGUUGCAUCGCGAGUCAACGUAUGCAGAGUAUGAGGCUGAAGAAGCGGAGGAAAGACGGCGUGUGUUCUGGCUUUUGUUUAUCACAGAGAGAGGUUAUUCUCUCCAGCAAGCGAAGCCGGUUAUGCUGCGCAGCUCUAUUCACAAGCCUCAGGUCCUUUCCUCGGAAGAUCCUAUCCUGGCUUAUGGAUUCAUCAACCUGAUCAACAUCUUUGAGAAUCUCACCCCGAACCUUUAUGAUUGGAUUUCCGCCGGUGGCGGAGAUGGUAUCUUGGAAAGGCCACCAACCUCUGCCAUCCAAUCCAGCCUGUGCAAGGCUAUUUCCCUAGAGGGAGUCCUUGAGAUUCAGCAGGUUGAUAUAUUGAUCACGCAACAGUGGCUGCAGGCGAUGAUGUGGAAACUGUCUAUGAGCCAUGCCACACAACCCGGUUCGUGCGAUGACGCAGUUUUGCCAUUUCACCUACCAGUGGUGGUGGGUAAAUCCGUGAUGAGUGUGAUUGGUGCUGCAUCACAGGGGGCUGUUGAUGCGCAUGGGAUUGGAAUGGAACAAAAACUCUUUGAUCUAGGAUCCUCCGUCGCCGAUGUGACGAGAUCUCUUGGACCAAAAGCCGUCCAUAGACUGGCUGAGUCGACUAUUGAUCCGAACGAGUUACUGUGGGGUAUACUUCACACGCUUUCUCAGAUUCGUGGCUCGCCCUCGUACCUCUUCCCUACAUUGCUGGAUCGAUGCAGAACCGUGCUUGGACUCGACUGCAAUAUCACCACGGGGAAUUUCCUUCCUAUACUCGGUGCUGCUGUGCCGGAUCAGUUGGCUUCGUGGUCUGGCCAGCAUGUCUGGGAUUACGCUGCCAGUGCCGAGGAUAAUGAGCUCCAUGAUGUCGACCAAGCCGAUUCAGCUCCUCAUCCGAAUGUGCCGCAGGAAUUGGGCUUCGAAGAUUGUCUCUUGGGAUGA